CUGUGCUGUAUAAUGGAAAUGUUUGUUUGAUGCAGGAUUGUUUGAAACAGCUUUUGAUGUCUGUUAAAUUGACUUGUAUAGUUUGUAUUGGGACUGUUUUUGUGUAUGACUGGCCUGUUGGAGACUUUUAUUCUUGAUGUUAAAUUGGAUUAUAAAGGACCUGUUAUUUAUACUCAUCAUCAUUUCAUCUCCUUCAACUCAUUUAAAGCCUGCCUGCAUUCAUGUAUCCACUUUAAAUGAGACAUUUGAGACUGAACUAUUUUAAUGCCAAAUUCUGUUACUUGAUUGUUUUGUAAUCUUCAAUAUGUCAGUUUUGUGUUGUGUUUGUUUAAAGUCUGGAUUCAAGUUUUUGUUGCAAAUUAUUAUCACUAAAUAUCUAAAGAUCUACAUUUGCUCAUUUUUUAAUUAUAUUUUUAAUGAAUGUUGGAUAAUUCUGCUUUUACUUCCAUUUAUUUGUUGUUCUAGAUGUCAUAAAGGCGGUUAAAACCUAGCUAUGUGUAUACAUGGUAAACCGAGUGAUUGCAUUUGAUACAACUAUGAAAUAUUGUAAAAAAAUUUAUGAAUUUGGCUCCUUUUUUGGCAGUGCUACAAGCGAAGGAAAAAAAAAGUAUACAAAGAGAAACAACUCCAAGUGUAACCACUGAAGUCUACUGACAUACUUCUGGAAAAAAUCUGUUUAAGAGGAGAGUGAAGACAUGAGUGAUCCAGAGCCAUGCAGAAUAAAAAAUGAAGAUACGGAGGAACAAAGAGACUUGAUACGAGUGAAAGAAGAAAGUCAAGAACUGAAUGACGUGGAGGAGAAACAGCUGUAUCAUAAAUUUGAUACUAUCAAGACUGGUGAAGAAUAUUUUAAUGGUUUAAAGACCGAAAAUAAUUUAUCACAGAAAAGAACUCGAAGAACAACAGCCAAAAAAUCUUUCACCUGCUCUCACUGUGGAAAGAGUUUCACACAACCAGGAAACCUUAAAACUCACUUAGGAAUACACACUGGAGAGAAGCCUUUUAAAUGCUGUCAAUGUGGAAAAAAAUUCACACAAAAAGGAAGCCUUAAAACUCACUUAAGAUUUCACAUGGGAGAGAAGCCUUUCACAUGCCAUCAGUGUGGAAAGAGUCUCUUAUGUCAAAGAAACCUUAAGAUUCACAUGAGAAUUCACACUGGAGAGAAGCCUCACACCUGCCAUCAGUGUGGAAAGAGUUUCUCUGUGAUAGCAAACCUUAAGAGUCAUCUUCGACUUCACUCUGGAGAGAAGCCUUUCACAUGCCAUCAGUGUGGAAAGAAUUUUACACAGAGAGGACAUCUUGAUGUUCACAUGAAAAUUCACACUGGAGACAAGCCCUUCAAGUGCCAUCAGUGUGGAAAGAGUUUUACAAUUAAUGGAAAUCUUCAGCGUCACAUGAGAAUUCAUACUGGAGAGAGUCCUUUCACCUGCGCUCAGUGUGGAAAGAGUUUCAAACAAGCAGGCAAUCUCACAGUUCAUCUGCGCUAUCAUGCUGGAUUAAAGCCAUUUAACUGUGAUCAGUGUGGCAAGAAAUUUCCGCUGGGAUCACAGCUAAAGGUACACAUGAGAACUCAUACAAAUGAGAAGCCUCAUGUGUGUUCUUUUUGUGGAAAGAAUUUCAAAACAUCAGGAAACCUGAAAUCACAUGAGAGGGUGCAUACUGGAGAGAAGCCAUACCACUGUACUUCGUGUGAGAAGAGUUUCAGCCACUCAAAUAAUCUACAGACUCAUUUAAAAAAUCAUUGUCCAAAACGGUCAUAUGAGCAAAUUUAAUUUUAGGGCCAAUUAUUAUUACAGUUAUUAUUUAAUUAAGCACUUCAGUCUUCACUAGUCAGUUCAACUUCAGUCAGUCCACUAGAUCUAGUGGCUGUAAUUUGAAAAUCAUAAAAAAUAAAUAAAAAAAAAAGAACCACAAAAAAGUUAUGCACAGCCAAAUUAGCAUAUUUAUGCAGUUAAAUGAUCAUAACCUUGUAUAAACAGUAUCUACUAGAUUUAAUGUUGUUAACAUUAGAAUGACAGAAUUACCCUUUAACAUAUCACACAAAAAAUAGUACAAUUAAAUUGUGAUUUACUUUAUAUUUCUUUGAUAUGAAUUGAUGGAAAUCAAUUCAUUGAUUGACUUUCUUUUUUUACAACUAUUGUGGUUGGCAGAGGUCUACUAUAAAUGUUGAAUUAGGCUUCUACAAGUACUGUACUGUAAAUCUUUAUAGUUUUAUGAACUUAAAACUCACAUUGAUUUAAGGAUGCUUUUUGUCAAGGACACUCCUAAACCGAUGCAGCCUUAUUUGCUAUUGUGGGUGAAGACUGCUUUAAAAUCCUCGUUCAAAAUUAUUACAACUUUUAAGUGCUCUUUUUGAUUCAUGUCUUUUUCCAUGGUGACUCUUUGAUUUGGUGCUGUGCUGAGAUUGCCUUUCUGAGUUUACCGUCAACACGUGUAAAUAUUUCAAACUCGGCAUUGAGUGAACCACGAGUAAGCAAUGGGUUGUUUAAUCAACUUAAAAACUAAUUGCGUGGCGGGUACACUUUCUUUUGAAGAGUUUGUUAAUGGAUGGGAGAGAAACUCCAAUUAUCUGCUCGGCUGUCUUCACUAGCCUCUCCAAGGACAGAGACAGUACAGCAGGGCUGGGACGAUUCAUCGACGUAAUCGACGUCAUCGAUUACAGAAAUACGUCGAUUUGCAUAACAUGCGUCGCAAUGGAGUAAUUAAAAUGGCAGCGCCCGGUUUAAGUAUGGUUUCCCCGAAGAACAAGCUGCAGCUAAAAAAAACUCGCCUACAGUCAUCUAAAGCGUGGGAGUAUUUUAGCCAGAGACCCAACAAUGUGAUGCUGUGUAAGCUAUGCAGAUUGGAAAUGGCUUAUCACAGCAGUACAACCGCCAUGAACACUUGAAGCGAAAGCAUCCCAGAGCGUUUUGUCAAGACGGCAGCAAGGCAGCACCGUAAGUCCUGUUUACUUUUUGUCCCCACCCACCCAAGCAUGACAUAUUAGUAUUACAACAUGUGUUUCUGUUAGUAGUAGUCACUUUAAAUUGAUUUUCUAAAUGUUUCCUCAUCGCCCCCAUGUUAAAAGUAAUUUCUGCACCACUGCUAACGUAGGGUGACCAUACCCUCUUUUUCGGACCUUAAAAAAGUGUCCGGCCGGGAUUUCUAAAUUUGUGAAAAUGUCCGGUAUUUGGCUUUAGUUGCAUUAUGAUGUGCAUCUGGUCUAAUACUUCAUUGUGUGUGCGCGCAUAUUUGCAUUGCUUUAACCCCUCUUUGUAUGUCCCGCCUUCUCGCACACCAAUUGGUCAAUUAUAAGAGGCUUGCAGCAACUAUUGGCCAAAUUCCUGCCUGUCAAUCUCUCCGUGAACACGCAAAGCGCUGUUGUGUUCGGCAUCAAACAGUUGCUUGACAGCAGCAGCAAAUGACAGCUGAGUAGAAACAAUGCCCAAACGAAUGUGCAAAUUUACAUAAGAUUUGCACAAAAAAUUCCCAUGCUUUCGUCCAGGUCGAGAUCCGUGGGAAGAAGAAUGUAUGACAUGUAAAGCUGGCACUUAUGUGUCAGUUUCUAAUAAAGGUGCAAGUGAUUUAGAAUCACACAUUAGCUCUACGAAGCAUAAAGGUUCAGCAAAAGGUGAAAGUUCAUCAGGUAAAUUAACGGACUACUUUCAUCAGGUGAAAUUAUCACAUUGCUUCCUUUUCCAUGGCCAUUCAAAAUAACAGUAAUAGUAAAUGAAGGAACACUCAUGGCAUCAAAUAUUUUAGUUUAGUACAUUUAAAUGUUUUAUUUAUAUAUAUUUAUGUUAUGCUAAUAGUGUAUUUUUCACUGUAUUAAAGUUUGCAUUCAUAGUAACACUGUUUUUGUUGCAGAAUAAUGCCCUGCAGUGCACACUUUGUUUCUUGUACAUUUGUUUGUGUUUAAGAGAAGAUGAUUUAAUAAAAUAUUGAAAUAUUAA